CAGCAAACUAGCACAAACCGAAGCUGAAAUAUUUUGGCCAAUCACCUAGGCCUACAUUUCAAUGGGGAAAGGGUGGUUGCACUGACCCGGCCUGGCCUCUGGGGCCUAGCAUCUGUAAGACGGCCAUCCCCGCCUGCAGUGUUUGAAAGCUAAGUACAACUACUGUUCUUGCUAAAUUAUUUGCCAUGCUACUAUUGUGUUCACCACAGCUCUAACCACAGUGUGUCUCUCUCUCUUUCUCUGUUCCUCCUCUGGACAGGUGCAGUGUGCAUUAAGCGAGCGGCAGGCUAACCUCCAGGUGGUGGGGUCCCUUCACGUUUCCUGUCACACAUCCCGGGUGUCUGUCUUUACCUCUGGAGUGCAGUGUGCUUGCAGUGUGCUUGCAGUGUGAUUCUCACGUGUGGCGUGUGUGUGUGCCCUCUGGACUCCUGUAGUCCUGCCAGUCGUGGGCCACCGUACCAUGCCUAUCGUCCAGCUAUCGUCUCGCAAAACUUAAAAUGGCUGCAGGGCUGUCAGAACCGAUGUAUGGUCUUCCGAAAAAGGCCGGUUUUCUCAUCUUGAAGGUUGAAUUUACUCAAUGGAAACGUAAUGGGAGGCAGUUCGUCAAGGGAAAGACAGGAGGAAAGACCACGUCCCCCUGACCCUUUGUUCCUUGAACCCUGGAGACCUUUCAACUUUGAAACAGAAAGAAAGGUUUCCAUGAUGAAACUGGUGAGGAAUCUGAAAAUCAGCAACCCAGAGGUCAAGCACUUGCGUAUCCUGGUCCACGGUCCAGUCGGAGCGGGAAAGUCCAGCUUCAUCAACUCCAUUGACAGUAUCUUUCAGGACCGCAUGGCUCAAGGGGCUUUAGUUGGACAUGCUGAUAUAAGCUUCACUAAGAUGUUCAAAUCCCAUAAAAUUCGAGAUGGGAGAGCUGGGAGGAUCCUCCCGCUCGUCAUCAGUGACAUCAUGGGUCUGGAGAACACAGAUGCAGCUGGAGCCCAUAUUGACGACCUCAAGAUGGCGCUAGAGGGCCGUCUCAAAGAUGGCUAUACUUUUAACCCUUUAAGCCCUCUGAAAGAAGGAGAUGCAAACUACAAUCACUGCCCGACUCUGGAUGAUAAGGUCCACUGCCUGGUUAGUGUGCUCCCAGCAGACAAAAUCACAUUAAUGAAUGAUCGUAAUGUCCAUGACGUCAUCACCAAACUGCGGAAUAUCAGAGAGAAAGCCAGUCAGCUAGGAAUCCCACAAGUAGUUCUGAUGACAAAGGUGGAUGAUGCCUGUCCUGAGGUCCGUAAAGACCUGAAGAUGAUCUACAGAGACAAGAAGAUCAAAGAGAAGAUGCAGCAGUGCAGUAACAAGUUGGGUGUCCCCAUGAACUGCAUCUUCCCAGUUAAGAACUACCAUGAGGAGAUUGACCUGAAUGAUGACGUGGACAUGCUGCUCCUCUCUGCUCUCACAAACAUUUUGAACUUUGCUGAUGACCAUGUGGCUGACCAAGUAAUCUGACCUCUUCAUUGUAAUGGUAGACUAUCCAAAAGACAAUUGUUUUUAACAAUAGCAAGAUGUACGGAGCCUGGAAGGAGUCAGUGUAGGAUUGUUUUUGUAUAUCAAGAAAACAUUCACUCUUUGUAAUAAAAAUUUGCUCAUUUG